GGGAAAAUAGCAAGAAGGUCCAUCAAUCAAAUACCUUCCUCUCUCAUUGGACACAAUCAAUCUUCUCACGACCAGUACUGUCUUGUCUCUGUACGGAUUUGCCCUCACUGCAGAUAUGGCAAGGAUCCCUACGCCAGUUGUAGUUCAAUUGAAUCGGAUCUGCUGAAAACGCGAGAUACUUCACUGGCUCAGAAUGAUACGUAUGUACCUCACGUGAUGUUUAGAUGAUCACCUAAAACCUUGGAUCUCUAUCGAAAGGUUGACGCUUGACAAAGAGGGAUUGUUAUCUGUCAGGUAAUUCGUUAGCCCAUUUACUAUAUCCUUUUCGCAAUCUUACUCGCUCCUCCUCUGCGAUACCGAGAAGCAUGGGAUGUAGCCGUCGGCAUCUAAGGAUUCUGAGAACUGGAGGCGGGAUAGAACAGGCGGUAGAGCUUAACCAACGACAGUGUAUCCGAUACACUGUCGAUAAUCAGACACUGCAGAGCAACGAGGAAGUUGUCACAAAUACUAGAGGCAGCAGUAAGAGAAAAAUCAAUGACCAAGGAGUAGUAAUGAGUAGUAAGUUGUAGAGAGGAAAGGACAAGAACAGAAAAUCUAAACAAGCCGAUGGGAGAGUUCGGGGCCUCCACGUCCUUUGAGCCUCCACCACACAGCGUUUGUUUUCUCCAGAAGAUCUUUUUCUCCUCUCCUGUGAUUGCCAUAUCAUCCCAUCGCUUCUGGCCCGGAUGUGAAGUUGGCUUCGUGGUCGGAUUUCAGCAACUGGUGCGAGUGAGAAAGAGCGGAUGGACUGCAUUGUCACGAAUGCCGGCAGGGAUCCAACUUUGAAGAAGAUACCGGCAGAUUCCGCAAUUCCAGUCUCCGCGCACCUGCUCCGAGAAGUUGGCAAAGAGGGCUAGUGUUGGGGCAUAAGUUAAGGGCAAAAGUCUUAAGAGAGUUGUCCGUCAAUCCCAAUUGUGUCCUACUUCAGCAGAGUUUCUGGAGGUGUGAAUGGGCUGGCGAAACCAGCACACUUCAAGUCUCGAAGAAAGGGUGUUAAGGCAAUGAGAUAAUUGAGCUUGUGGAGGGUACUGUGAUUCACAUCUGCGUUUGGAGUGUCAUCGCAUGAUUCAGUUUAUGGCGCCCUGUACUAGUCUGCCGGGAGUUUCUCUUUUCUCUGCAGUGUCACCCACUUUCUCAAAUGAUACGAGACAGAUUCAGUGCCCAGAGAAAUUCAAUUCAUCUGCUUCUUCAUCGGGAUUUUUUGGAUGCAAUUUCCUAGCGCAUCCAUCAUGGGUGAAUCUGAAGUUGAGGCAGAAGCCUUGCAGCAGCCGCACGGGCGUGGAUGGUUCUCUUAUGCUCCCGUUCACAGUGCGACCAGCUGCAAUUCUGUGUGUUUCUGUGCAGGCUGGACAAACAGAAUUUGCGGAGAAAGAGCAGAAGAAAGUACGUCGUAAGAGAAGAAGCCCACGCACCAAGAGUGAAAGCAAGACUUUAGAUCCAAGUCUCAAGGGUACUACCAGAACCACUGUUAACUCCGCAGAGCUGCCAGUUUUAACUACAGUUGACAGUUCUGCGGAGCCCUCAACGUCUGAGUUAGUACCUGCUGGUAAUGAGAAAGAGCAUGACAAGAAGCUGCCAUCAGAUUUGCAGCAAAUUUGCUGGCAAAGUGGGGAUCCGUUGGGGAAAAGGUUGCUGGGCAAGUCUGUUGUGAAGUGGAUUGCUUGCGGAAUCCAGGCCCUGGUAAAGCAAGUCGCAACGGCAGAAGAAAAAGGUGACACUCAGGAGAUCGAGGAGAUCAUGAAGCAAGCGGGAUUAGCGUUCGUAGCGGUGGCCCAACCCUACCUUGCCGAAAACCCAAUGCCUCUUCAUCAGGAGGCCUUAUGCCUCAAAGCAAGCACACAUUACCCAACUCUGUUCGACCACUUUCAAAGGGGCCUUCAGGAAGCGUUGCAGGAACUGCAAAAGACGGGAGCAAUAGCGAAUUGGCAGCAGUCCCAAGCCUGGAAGCUACUCAAGAAACAUGCAAAAUCUGAUGGACAUCGAAAGUCUACAAGAAAAUCCUACGAAGUCAGGCAGGGUGAAUUGGGCCUCACAAGAGAUGAUAUGGCGGUCAUUCAGGAAAGAAUUGACAAGUUCGUCGCACAUGCGUUCGAGCUUCUGCGCAUCGAAAGAGAUGCAGAGCUGGAUGCUACCCAGCACUCUUUAGACUCGGUUCCUGCAGGAAGCGCUCCUCUUACUCCCGAAGAAUUGCUCUUGGCGGAAGAGGAUCUGCAUCCUGAAUCUAACGAUACUAUUCGCAACCUCAUCGCCGUCAGUUCAUCUACAGGGUUGGGAGGUAUGCAUCUUGUCACACUCGCGGCCAAAGGCGGGGAGCGUUUGCCACCAUCUUCUAUGUCUCCAGGGGACAUGGUUUGUGUGCGCGUAUCAGACCGGAAGGGGGCAGGGGCUACAGAAUGUAUGCGAGGCUCAGUUUACAGUCUCGGGGAAGAUGGAACCAGCAUAGCAGUCGCCGUUGAAGCUCGCUACGGAGAUCCCACAUUUUCUCGGCUGUUUGGCAGACCUCUGAGAAUUGACCGUAUUAGCGAUCUUGCGGAUGCCACUACUUACCAGCGCGAUUGUGAAGCUCUUGACAGGCUUCAAAAGCAGGGCUUGCAGAGAAAGAACCCUGCGAUUUCCAUAGUGAAAACAUUAUUUAGUGAAGGCUUGGAAAUUGACUGGAUGAAGCCAGCCGACAAAAUUGAAUCUCCUCUUCCAGUGAUACUGGACGGGGACUUUGACGAGUCUCAACGCAGGGCCAUCGAAGUUGCGCUAGACAAGCGAAGACCAGUUGCUAUCAUACAAGGUCCACCAGGAACAGGGAAAACAAAAGUUGUCGUAGAAAUUAUAAUGCAAGCAGUAGCACAAGGAGAAAAGGUUUUAGCAACAGCACCAACGAACGCAGCUGUAGAUAAUCUUGUGGAAAGGCUAGCUCUUGCUGGGGUGAAUGUAGUAAGGGUGGGCAAUCCUGCGCGAGUUGCUCCUGCGGUGGUCGCAAAGUCGCUCAGCUAUAUCGUGGAAUCUAACAUCUCUGGCUUUAGAAGGGACCUUGGAAGAAGACGAGCCGACUUGAGGAGCGACUUGCGUCAGUGUCUGGGGGAUGAAUCAAUGGAAGUUGGUAUUAGACAAAUGCUGAAGCAGAUUGGUAGACAACUAAAACAAAAGGAGAAGGAAUUGGUUGAUGAAACACUCAAUCAAGCCCAGGUCAUUCUGUGCACGAAUACCGGUGCAGGAGAUUCUCUAGUACGUCACGUUGGACCCUUUGGGCUGGUUGUUAUUGACGAAGCUGGCCAGGCAAUUGAACCCUCUUGCUGGAUCCCUCUUUCACUUGGUAAGCGGGCCGUCCUCGCUGGGGAUUCGUGCCAGCUGGCCCCAACUAUAUUGUCUAGACAAGCUAUGGAAGGAGGGUUGGGGGUCUCUCUUAUGGAGCGAGCCGCGGAUCUUCAUGGGGGUAAACUAAGUACCAUGCUGAAGACCCAAUAUCGCAUGCACAAAGUAAUAGCUGAAUGGUCCUCACAGGAAAUGUAUAAAGGUCGUCUGAAGUCCUCGCCUUCUGUCAAAUCGAGGCUCCUGUGCCAUUCCCCUGAAGUUGAGUCUACAUGGAUCACCCAGGUCCCUCUUCUGCUCCUAGAUACUCGACUGGCACAUGGCAGUCUAAUAGCUGGCUGUGAAGAGUGCAUGGAUCCCGCCGGAACGGGAUCAUUCUACAAUGAGGGGGAGGCCGAUAUUGUAAUGGAGCACAUAAGAGCUCUUCUCUCUGCGGGGGUGGCUGCAGAAAAUAUUGCAGUCCAGUCUCCGUACUUGGCCCAGGUGCAGCUUUUGCGAGACCGAGCUGAAGGUAUACCUGGAGCGCAAGGAGUGCAAAUUGCUAGCGUGGACAGUUUUCAAGGUCGCGAGGCUGAUGCUGUCAUCAUCUCUAUGUGAUGACCUUGCAGGAUAGUUGGAUGUACUCCUCAGUCGUAUGAUUGUUACGGAAAGUAUGAACGCAGAUAGACAGAAACAAAGGUACAUAAGCUCUUCUGAAGUACCCAUUUUGAAGAAUCAAGAAAUGAGAAACUCUGAAUGAAAGUAAGCACGUGCACGUUACACAGUAAAACAAAAGCAAAGGAGCAGGGCUAAGAGACCACGACAGUAGCACAUUUUACUCCUCAAAUACAGUCCGAACUAAGAAACAGCAUUGACAUGAGCAGACAAUUGGGCAAGUUUUCAAGGACAAUAUUUUGUCUACUUCUGAUCUGUUAAACGAAAAGAACCCAGUUAUACCGAUGAUUUAAGUGAGUUUUGACUUCACACUACCUGACAGUGGCCCAAGUUGAUUGUUUGAAGAUGAGCCGAAAUCACCGGGGAUAACUUCAUCGCCUUUUGUGUGCUUCGAUGCCGAAAACACUAAUGCUAUCUAGCUUUAUAGAAAGAUUUCAAGAAACCAGUCCCUGAACAAAUGUACAGUCAAUAUGCACAUUCGAGUACUGUAAACACCAUGAUGCAGAUAUCACUUUAGCCGGUCUCUCUCUUCACACCGUCCUCUCGCAGUCUGGUGACCAAUAAAUGACAUGAAAGUUUCAGUCAACUGAUCCCGACAUCGGCACAGUGGAGCAAGAAAUACGUACUGGCCCUCUGGAUAAAAAGAGAAAUAGUUCCAAAGACGAGAUAAAUGCACAACUUUUCUUGUGUGGAUCGUAGCAUGUGAAACUUGUGGCAGAAGUCGGCCAUCAGAAUCCGCGGCCCCAGUGAACGUUGAAUUUUGAUGGGAUACUACUGCACUGUUUUCAAAUUUCAAAUAAGGACGGCUGCAGAUUGAAGAAAUUGGUGUCUUGUUCCAAAAGUUUCCCAAUCCAGUCGGUACCAAGAAGAAUCCAGUAAAGGUAUUUUAAAUAUUUGGUCGAACAGAGACGGAGAUCUGAUUAACUUAAUGUCCAGCCCAAAACGAGGGUACACCAGUCAUCGA